AUGAAAAAAAGACUAUUAAAUUUAUAUAAUGACCACCCUCCAUCAACGAACAAAUUUUUUUCUUUGCCCAUGGAAAAGGGGGAGUUAUUAUUUACAUUUAUAAUCAGAAUUCUGGUCAGCAUACCGAUCAGAACAAUUGAACUCAUUCUAGGAGUCAUCAGGUGACGUUGCUAUACUGUUCCUAUCCUCCCGUUUCCAAGGUCCUCUUCUCCGUUGCUGCCAGUGGCACGUGGACGACUCGUGCCGUUAGAGAUCAUAGGUGUGGGACUUGCUUGCCACUUGCUCAUCUCAGCCUUCACUUAUCUGCUCCAGCCGCUUUAUCUUAACCCUCAGCAGUAA